AUGUCAGAAGAAGUCUCUAGAAAUAAAACCUGUAUUAACAAUCUAAAUGGUAAAGAGCGUUUAGCUCUAAAAAAAUUGGAGAAUAACAGUGUCAUAGUGAUUCUUAAAUCUGACAAAGGGGGAUCAAUAGUAGUCCUGGGCAAAGAACAAUAUCUGAAUGAAGCUUACAGGCAGUUAAAUGAUUCUGACACAUAUAAGAAACUCACAUUUAACCCAACACAUAAAUUUCAAAAGGAAUUGACACAUCUUUUAGAUAUAGGAGUUGAGAAGUCAAUUUUGACUAAUAAGAUCAGCGAAUAUGUAUUUGUAGAACAUCCAAGAAUCAUCUCACCAGAGCUUUUGAGUAUCAAGCCCAAACAGAGGAAUGAACAGACCAUAAGAGAGCUGCAGAUCAAACCAGUGAAGCAAUCCUUCAGCAAGUCACUAUGCCGGGAGUCCCACUGGAAGUGUCUCCUGCUGUCCCUGCUCAUCUACGGCUGCAUGGGCGCCAUGACUUGGUGCCACGUUACUAAGGUUACACGUCUGACCUUUGACAGUGCUUAUAAAGGCAACUCUAUGAUGUACCAUGACAGCCCUUGUUCCAAUGGAUACGUGUACAUCCCACUGGCCUUCCUGGUGAUGCUGUAUGUGGUGUACCUGGUGGAGUGCUGGCACUGCUAUACCCGCAAUGAAUUACAGUAUAAGGUGGAUUUGGAAAGUGUUCAGGAACGUGUGCAGCGAAUGCAGCAGGCUACCCCCUGCAUCUGGUGGAAGGCAAUAAGUUAUCACUAUGUACGCAGGACGCGGCAGGUAACACGGUACCGAAAUGGUGAUGCAUACACAACCACCCAGGUGUACCACGAGCGAGUCAACACUCAUGUGGCAGAGUCAGAAUUUGAUUAUAACAACUGUGGGGUGAAGGAUGUCUCCAAGGACCUGACUGACCUUGACAGCUACCCUGUUACUCGACUAAGGUUUACCAAAUGCUUCAGUUUUGCCAAUGUGGAGUCAGAAAACUCAUAUUUAACUCAACGUGCUCGCUUCUUCACUGAAAAUGAAGGCCUGGAUGAUUACAUGGAGGCCAGGGAGGGUAUGCACUUGAAGAAUGUUGAUUUUAAAGAAUAUAUGGUAGCAUUUUCUGAUCCAGACAACCCACCAUGGUACGUUUCCCAUUAUGUGUUCUGGGUGGCUGCCCUCUUGACUCUGUCCUGGCCUCUAAGGGUCUUAAAUGAAUACCGUACUUCUUGUGUCCACUACCAUGUGGAAAAGCUCUUUGGCUUUGACUUUACGCCUGUGACACCGGCAGAGGAUAGAACCUUAUGUCGGAGGAUGCCGCGGGUUAAUACCAUUGAUAGCACAGAACUGGAGUGGCAUAUUAGGUCCAAUCAACAACUGGUACCAAGCUACUCUGAAGCUGUGCUCAUGGAUUUGUCGGGCAUCUCUAGUGGCUACACAUCAUGUAGGUAUACAAGGGGAUAUCGCCAGAACUGUGACAGAUGCCAUCGCACUAUCAGCAGCUCUUCUAUCUUCUCACGCAGUGCCCUAAGUAUCUGCAAUGGAAGCCCCAGGAUACCAUUCAGCAGCAGCCGCUUUUCCCUUGGACGUCUCUAUGGGUCUCGGAGAAGUUGCCUCUGGCAGAGCCGGAGUGAGAGCUUAAACGAGCAGAGCUGCCCAACUGAGCAGACACGACUCUCCAGUCAGGUGACUGUAGAGGAGGAAGAGCCUCCUCCAUACCAAGAUGCCCUGUAUUUUCCCAUUCUUAUAGUUCACCGCAACGAGGGCUGCCUCAACCACGAUCACCGACGCCUCCACCGGAAUGGGUCUUGUGUGGAGACCUCACUGUGACAAACACUGGAUGAUUCCAUCUUAGCAAAAGUCUAAAUGAUGUAUUUUUGGUUCACCUGGCCAAGUAGUACAGAUGCAA